GGCGGCCAUCUGGAUGGAUCCUGUGUACGACCAAUCUUCGAAUGGCUGCGGCUAUAUGUGGAGUAACUGCACUGCCAUUGGGUCAGUGUCAUGGGCCCAAGAACAACCUUCUCAAUGCACGGAUAAAAAAUGUACAUCUAUGGAUCAGAACUUCCAUUGGUCUUCAGAAAUAUGCAACGGAUACGGAACAGCCAUCUGUGAACUAACAGAAGGAUCCUGCACAUUUGAGUCUAAACCUGUUAAUCUGAGGGAAACCAACUUCACGAUGCUGAAUGUUACCAACACGGAGGACUCUCAAUGCAGUAAGCUGUGUCUCACCUCGGAGUUCAGUACCGGUGACGAGUGCUGGUUCUACAGGGUAACAGCAAAGACGUGUGUUCUGUACUUAGAUGACCGUUACCCACUGUCAAGUAUACAUAGUUUCACCACCGCGGACAAUUUGGUAGAUGUGUAUCUGAAGGUUUGUGCACGACUAGAAAAAGGAUCUGCAAACGAUGUCAUCAGAUCAGUUGUUAACGAGAAUGUUCCUAGUUGUGCGACGACACCUACAGCAGAGGUAGACUGUGUGUUUUUGGUAUCAACCCUUGCCGCUCUAGAGAGGGAGCUGAAUACGACGAUACUUUACAGUCUGGUGCUGACGGAUAUCAGCCUAGACCUAUGUUUUACCCGCUGUCAGAUGUCAAAUAUCGACGACCUGCAUUGCCAGGCCGUUUUGCAUUUCAUGUCUGACACCGGCUGUACACUGUUCUACGGAAUGACCAGAUUACACCUACCAACGACUGUCGUGCUUUUCCACAGUAUAAACGUGUACUUCAGAUCAUGUCGGAGUGAUCCAUCAACAAUGACAACAACAACAACCACAACACCUAGACCCCGAACAACAACAACAACAACAACAACAACCAGACCCCGAACAACAACAAUNAUUUUUAUUAACACAUAA